AUGUUGCAUUUUCUUGUAGGAGUUGUCGUCUUGGUUGGAGUUUAUGUCCUGCUCGUGGAAACUUUGUUCAAAAAAUCGAAAUGUACAGGAUGUUUUGAGAUGACUGGGAAGACAGCAAUUAUAACAGGUGGAAAUACUGGUAUUGGGAAAGCCACUGCGUUGGAGCUAGCCCGCAGAGGAGCGAGAGUAAUCCUCGCCUGUCGUAACCAGCAGCGUGCCGAAUCUGCCAUAAACGACAUCAGAAAGGAAACAGGGAGCAGUGAUGUUGUGUACAUGCAGCUUGACCUUGGGAGCCUCAAGUCUGUGCGCUCCUUCACCGAGACCUUCCUAAAAACCGAGUCCAGACUCGACCUACUCGUCAACAACGCAGGUUUGGUAGCAGAUGGCCGAACCGAAGAUGGGUUUGGUAUAGAGUUUGGCGUCAACCACCUCGGGCAUUUCCUGCUGACCUGUCUCCUGCUGGACCGCCUGAAAGAGGGCACAGGUGGUCGUGUGAUCACAGUUUCUUCCAUGGCCCAUCGCUGGGGAAAAAUAGAUUUUGACGCUCUUAUUGCCAACAAAGACCUGGGCACAGGGAGGUACAGCUGGCAGUUUUUCCAUGCCUACUGCAACAGCAAGCUCUGUAAUGUCCUCUUCACACACGAGCUGGCCAAGAGGCUGAAGGGAACCAAUGUUACUUGCUAUUGCGUUCAUCCUGGUAUCGUCAAAACAGAGCUUUCUCGUCACGUUAGUCUGUGGCAGAAGGUGUUUAUCGAACCCGUGGCCCGACUGCUCUUCUUAGAUCCUAAAACUGGUGCUCAGACGACUCUCCACUGCGCCCUUCAGGAGGGCAUUGAGCCCAUGAGUGGAAAGUACUUCUCCUGCUGUGCAGUGGAGGAGGUGAGCGCCAAGGCCAAAGAUGAUGCCGUGGCCAAGAAAUUGUGGGAGGUCAGCGAGAGACUCAGCGGUCUUUCUUAA